AAAUGAAGCAAGAACUUGUUGAUUUACAACCUAAAUUGGAGCAGGCAAAAGUGGAUAAUGCAGCCAUGAUGAAGAUCAUUGAGAAGGAAUCUGCUGAGGUUGAAGCAAAAAGCAAAACGGUAAAAGUAGAUGAAGAGCUUGCUACAGAAAAAGCAACUGAAGCUCAGGCGCUGAAAAAUGAAUGUGAGAGUGACCUUGCAGAGGCUAUUCCAGCACUAGAGGCAGCAUUGUCUGCACUUGACACUCUAAAGCCUGCAGAUAUUACAAUUGUAAAAUCAAUGAAGAAUCCACCUUCUGGAGUUAAACUAGUUAUGGCUGCCAUUUGUGUCAUGAAGGAUAUAAAACCAGAAAAAAUUGCUGAUCCUUCUGGAAUUGGAGGCAAGAUUUUAGACUACUGGGGACCUAGCAAAAAACUUUUAGGUGACAUGAAUUUCCUUAAAGAUUUGAGAGAAUAUGACAAAGAUAACAUUCCAGUAUCGGUGAUGCAGAAGAUCCGUUCUGAGUAUCUGACUAAUCCUGAAUUUGAUCCUCCCAAAGUGGCUAAAGCAUCUUCUGCAGCAGAAGGGCUAUGUAAAUGGAUUAUGGCAAUGGAGGUUUAUGACAGAGUAGCAAAGGUGGUUGCUCCCAAGAAAGCCCGCUUAGCAGAAGCCCAGCAGUCAUUAGCACAGACUAUGGCAUUAUUAAAUCAGAAGAGAGAUGAACUUAAAGCUGUUGAAGAUCGUUUGGAAGCAUUGCAACAAACCUUCAUUGAAAAAACUGAAGAAAAAGCCCGCUUAGAAUUCCAGGUGGAUUUGUGUGCUAAAAAGCUAGAAAGAGCAGAAAAGCUGAUAGGAGGACUUGGUGGAGAAAAAUCAAGAUGGUCUCAUGCUGCAGAUGAUCUUCAAAACACUUAUGAUAAUUUGACAGGAGAUGUUCUGGUAUCAGCAGGAGUGAUAGCUUACCUUGGUGCUUUUACUGCUGGAUUUCGACAAGAAUGUACUAAAGAUUGGAGCAAACUCUGCAAGGUGAAAAACAUUCCUUGUUCUGAAAACUUCUCUCUAAGUAAGACCCUUGGUGAUCCAAUAAAAAUUAGAGCCUGGAAUAUUGCAGGUCUUCCAACAGAUCAAUUUUCCAUAGAUAAUGGUGUGAUUGUUGACAAUUCUAGACGUUGGCCAUUAAUGAUUGAUCCCCAGGGUCAAGCAAAUAAAUGGAUAAAACAUUCUGAGAAAGAGAACAGACUGAGUGUCAUAAAAUUUUCCGAUUCAGACUACAUGAGAACUCUAGAAAAUUGCAUUCAGUUUGGAACUCCUCUUCUGCUUGAAAAUGUUGGAGAAGAGAUAGAUCCUUCCUUGGAACCCUUGCUACUUAGGCAAACUUUUAAACAAGGGGGCAUGGAUUGCAUUCGACUUGGUGAAACAACAAUUGAAUAUUCUUUUGAUUUCAAAUUUUAUAUUACCACCAAAUUAAGGAAUCCACAUUAUUUACCUGAAUUAGCUACAAAGGUUUCUUUGCUCAAUUUCAUGAUUACUCCAGAAGGACUAGAAGAUCAACUUUUAGGCAUUGUUGUUGCCAAGGAAAGGCCAGAAUUAGAGGAGGAACGAAAUGCUCUUAUCCUUCAGUCAGCUGCCAAUAAGAAACAACUAAAAGAUAUAGAAAAUAAAAUUUUAGAAACAUUACAGUCUUCUGAAGGUAAUAUUUUAGAAGAUGAAAGUGCAAUUACUAUCUUGGACUCGGCAAAAAUAAUGUCUAAUGAAAUUACAAAGAAGCAGCAGAUUGCAGAAAAAACUGAAAUUAAAAUAGCACAGUCUCGAGAAGGUUACAGGCCCAUUGCAAAGCAUUCAUCUGUAUUGUUCUUUAGUAUUGCUGAUCUGGCUAAUAUAGACCCAAUGUACCAGUAUUCUCUCAGUUGGUUUGUAAACCUUUACAUCAACUCUAUUCAUGACAGCAACAAAUCUAAAAUUUUGGAAAAAAGGCUACGAUAUCUAAAUGACCAUUUCACAUACAACUUGUACUGCAAUGUUUGUCGUUCCCUGUUUGAGAAGGAUAAGUUGCUGUUUUCAUUUUUGCUCUGCUGUAAUCUUCUGAUGGCUAGGAAAGAAAUUGAACUUCAAGAAUUUAUGUUUUUAUUAACUGGAGGGGUUGGUCUCAAGAGUAAAUUCAAGAACCCUGAUCCAUCUUGGUUACAAGAUAAAAGCUGGGAUGAAAUAUGUCGUGCAAGUGAUAUGCCUGCUUUUAAAGGAUUACGGAAUCAUGUAGCUUCACAAACCCAUGAAUGGCGUAACAUUUAUGACAGUAAAGAACCCCAGACUGUUGCCUUACCCAAACCAUGGAAUACAGACUUGAAUGAAAUAAAGAAAAUGAUUAUUCUCCGAUGCUUGAGACCUGACAAGAUUACACCAGCUAUAACAACCUUUGUGACUGAUAAACUUGGAAAGAAAUUUGUUGAGCCACCUCCUUUUGAUCUAACAAAAAGUUACUUAGAUUCAAAUUCUUCAAUCCCUUUAAUCUUUGUGCUGUCUCCUGGAGCAGAUCCUAUGGCCAGUCUUUUAAAAUUUGCAAAUGAUAAAAAUAUGGUUGGAAAUAAAUUUCAGUCCAUCUCUUUGGGACAAGGGCAAGGACCAAUAGCAACAAAAAUGAUUAGAGAAGGAAUGGAGGAAGGGACCUGGGUCUGUUUACAAAACUGCCAUCUUGCUGUUUCCUGGAUGCCAAUGCUGGAGAAAAUCUGUGAAGAGUUCAACAGUGAUACUUGCCAUUCCUCUUUCAGGCUCUGGCUGACUAGUUAUCCAUCACCCAAGUUUCCAGUCACCAUCCUUCAGAACGGUGUGAAGAUGACGAAUGAACCUCCUACAGGUCUUCGGCUGAAUUUGCUUCAGUCUUUCCUCUCUGAUCCUGUUUCUGAUCCAGACUUUUUUGCUGGGUGUCCUAGAAAGGAGCAGUUGUUUAUAAAUGAAUAUGAACAUAUCCCAUUUGAAGCAAUAACUUACCUUACGGGGGAGUGCAACUAUGGAGGAAGAGUGACAGAUGACUGGGACAGACGUCUACUACUGACCAUGCUUGCUGACUUUUACAACCCAGAUAUAGUGGAAAAUUCACAUUAUACUUUUUCUCCUAGUGGCAACUAUUAUGCGCCCCCAAGGGGCAGUUAUGAUGAUUACAUUGAGUUUAUUAAGAAUCUUCCUGUUAGUCAGCAACCAGAAGUGUUUGGGCUGCAUGAUAAUGUAGAUAUAUCAAAGGAUCUCCAGCAAACAAAAAUCACCUUUGAAUCUCUUCUGCUGACACAAGGAGGAAGCAAUCAAGGAGGGUCUAAAAGUGGUGGUGACAGCACUUUAUAUGAAAUUGCAGAUGACAUCCUCAGCAAGCUUCCGAAUGAUUAUGAUAUUGAAGCAGCACUUUUUAAAUAUCCUGUGAGAUAUGAAGAAAGUAUGAAUACUGUUCUGGUACAAGAAAUGGAACGUUUUAAUAAUUUAAUACGAACCAUACGGACAACUUUGGUCAAUCUGAAGAAAGCCAUUAAAGGAUUGGUUGUGAUGGAUUCUGAACUAGAGGCCCUUUGUGCCAGCCUCCUCGUUGGAAAAGUUGCAGAAAACUGGGCUAAACGUUCAUACCCAAGUCUGAAACCACUGGGCAGCUAUAUUCUAGAUUUUCUAGCUAGACUGAAAUUCUUACAGGAUUGGUAUAACACUGGAAAACCGUGUGUGUUUUGGCUGUCAGGGUUCUUUUUCACACAAGCAUUUUUAACUGGAGCGAUGCAGAAUUAUGCCAGGAAGUACACGAUCCCUAUUGAUCUCCUGGGAUAUGAGUUUCAGGUUAUUCCAAAGGAUACUUCGAAUACUGCUCCAGAAGAUGGUGUUUAUAUCCAUGGGCUAUUUUUAGAUGGAGCUCGCUGGGAUAGAGCAAAAGGGCUCCUAAGUGAACAACAUCCAAAAAUACUCUUUGACAUGAUGCCCAUUAUUUGGAUAAAACCAGCCAAAACAUCAGAGAUUAAGAGAUCAAAUGCGUAUGUGUGUCCAUUGUACAAGACAAGUGAACGCAAAGGAGUCCUUUCCACAACUGGGCAUUCAACUAACUUUGUCAUUGCAAUGAAGUUGUUAACUGAUAAUCCAGUCCAGCAUUGGAUCAAGCGAGGAGUUGCUCUACUUUGUCAGCUAGAUGACUAA